CCCCCGAGUACUCCACCCCAGUUAUCUCUCUGGUAAUUGCUGGCUCUCUUCCUCCUGGUACUUUUCUUUCUUGUCCCGCCCCUUGCCCCACUGAACCCACCCCCACUACCAACACGCAGUGCACAGUGGAGUGGAGAUUUAUUUUCCUGCUGAUAUGCACCUGGCAUGACUAGAGAGAGUCACUAUCCACGAGAGUUUGGCCAUCUGUCCUCGUUAGCCUCCUCUCACCCAUGACCUUCGACCUCGUUGGGCCCCUUCCAACCUGCUGCACUGUUGCCGUGCCACCAUGGACUAUGACGAGGUCACCUCCUUUCUUGGAGAAUGGGGAGCAUUCCAGAAAGCCAUGUUCCUACUGCUAAGUCUGAGCACGGUGCCCAACGGCUAUGCCGGAAUGGCAAUGGUCUUCCUGGCCGACACACCGGACCAUCACUGCCAGCUGCCACACCUCGACACCAGCUGGCAACAGCACAAUCUGAGUUUGAGUCCGUCACUGCCCCUGGAGGAGCGGGCAGGGGGACAAUGGGCUCUCAGCAGGUGCCAGCGAUACAGACGGGCAAACAGCACGGGGACAGGGUUCAGCAAUAGCACGGAGGGCUGUCUGGACGGAUGGCACUUUGACAGAAAGCAGUAUCAGUCCACCAUCGUGACUGAGUGGAGCCUUGUGUGUGGGGAUUCCUGGAAGGUUCCAUUCAGCCUGUCUGUGUUUUUCAUGGGUGUUCUGAGCGGCUCCUUUGUGUCUGGUCAGAUCUCCGACAGAUUUGGACGAAAGGUGACCCUGUUCAUUACCAUGGCGGUGCAGACAGUCUUCAGUCUCGUGCAGGUGUUCUCUGUCAGCUGGGUGAUGUUCUGCAUCCUCUUCUACCUCGUUGGUCUUGGCCAGAUCUCCAACUACGUCGCUGCCUUCGUCUUAGGCUCAGAGUUGCUGGGGAAGUCAUCGCGGGUGACCUUCUCCACUCUGGGGGUGUGUGUGUUUUAUGCAUUGGGGUACGCUGUGCUCCCACUCUGUGCAUACUUCAUCAGAAGCUGGAGAGUGCUACUGGCUGUUCUCUCAUUACCUGGGCUGCUGUACAUCCCCCUCUGGUGGCUGAUUCCUGAGUCCCCGCGUUGGUUGCUGGCUCAAGGUCGCAUUGAAGAGGCAGAGGCCAUUGUCCGAGCUGCAGCCAGGAAGAAUAGAGUGACUGCACCAGCACUCAUAUUCAAAGAUCAUGAGCUGCAAGGGACUAAUGACCAUUCACAUGAUGUACGAUACACAUACAUGGACCUGGUCAGAACCUCCAAGAUGAGGAAUGUAACAUUCCUGCAUGCUGUCGUUUGGUUCAUCAUCACCAUCAGCUACUUUGGCCUGUCCUUGAAUACCCCGAACAUGAAUGGAGACCCCUACCUUAACUGCUUCCUGUCCGCACUGGUGGAGAUUGUGGCCUACGUCGUAGCAUGGCUCCUCCUUAAGCUGGUGCCCCGGAGAGCCGUCGUCACAGUCCCGAUGCUCAUGGGAGGCCUGGUGCUGUGUCUUAUCCACUUUGUGCCUCAGGAUUACAGUGUGUUAAGUGUGGUUCUGGCCAUGGCUGCUAAGUUUGGCGUCACGGCUUCCUUGUCAGUGCUGUACAUUUCGGCUGCGGAGACGUUCCCCACAGUGGUGCGGGCGAUGGGCAUAGGGAUCUGCUCUAUGGCCUCCAAGACUGGGAGCACCGCUGCUCCCUUUUUCCCUUUCUUAGGUGUCUAUGACAAAACGCUUCCAUACAUUGUAAUGGGACUGAUGACACUGGUGGCAGGUCUGUUGAGCAUCCUCUUACCUGAGACAGGAGGAAUGCCCCUCCCACAGCAAGUAUCAGAAGUGCAGACUUUAAACUGGUUUUGUACAAAAUGUAAACCACCUGCUGAAAAGAAACUCCCUGAAGAAGAUGGACAUCUUUGAUGGAGAUACACUCUGUAUCUAUAAAUGUGACUAGAUGGAGCCUAUCUAGCAAGAUCAGAUCAUCGAACUGUCAAACUCCAGAGAAAUUCGAUAUAGGAACUGAAAAUGGCAGUUGCAACAGAGUUAUGUCUUAUGGGAGAACAUUGCGUGUUGUAAACUAUUUUAUUGCAUAGCCUACUGUACCAGACACCUCAAGAGCUAGAGGUUAUAAAUAUAUUUCUUAGUUUUCAGGUGAGUUCAGCUAUAGAUUUGUAUGGUAACACAUUUUAAACAGACAUGAUAUCCAUGUUUACAAUUUUUUUUUCAUGUGCUGUUUAUGUUCAAGUAAUUUUCUUUCAGCAUUUUCAUGGAAUCUAAAUGCAACUGUUGUCCUGGCCUUCUGUGAAAUUCUUAAAUCAUUCAUGACAUGA